CGCUGGGGGGAAAGAAGCGGAGUUGAGACCAGCCAGGUGAGGCUGUCUUUAGGGCUGGCGCCCUGGUGUGAAGCUGAAGCCGCCUGAGGUGUGACCCUGGGGAACAAUACCACGAAAGAGGAUGGUGGUACCUUCACUGAAGCUUCAAGAUCUAAUCGAGGAGAUACGUGGGGCCAAGACCCAGGCCCAGGAGCGGGAGGUGAUCCAAAAGGAGUGCGCCCACAUCCGCGCCUCCUUCCGCGAUGGGGACCCUCUGCACAGGCACCGCCAGCUGGCCAAACUGCUCUACGUCCACAUGUUGGGCUACCCCGCCCACUUUGGACAGAUGGAGUGCCUGAAACUGAUUGCCUCCCCCAGAUUCACAGACAAGAGGGUGGGCUACCUGGGGGCCAUGCUUCUACUGGAUGAGAGGCAGGAUGCCCACCUGCUCAUUACCAACAGCAUCAAGAAUGAUCUGAGCCAGGGGAUUCAGGCAGUACAAGGCCUGGCCCUGUGCACUCUGAGCACUAUGGGCUCUGCUGAAAUGUGCCGGGACCUGGCCACUGAGGUGGAGAAACUGCUCCUGCAGCCUAGCUCCUACGUGCGCAAGAAGGCUGUUCUGACUGCAGUGCACAUGAUCCGGAAGGUCCCUGAGCUCUCCAACAUCUUCCUCCCACCCUGUGCCCAACUGCUUCAUGAACGCCACCAUGGCAUCCUGCUGGGCACCAUCACGCUGAUCACGGAGCUCUGUGAACGAAGCCCUGCAGCCCUCAAGCAUUUUCGAAAGGUGGUGCCCCAGCUGGUGAAGAUCCUCCGGACUCUGGUGACAACGGGAUAUUCCACAGAACACAGUAUAUCUGGAGUCAGCGACCCCUUCCUGCAGGUCCGGAUACUUCGUCUCCUUCGGAUUCUGGGCCGGAACCACGAAGAGAGCAGUGAGACCAUGAAUGACUUGCUGGCUCAGGUGGCCACUAACACAGAUACCAGCCGAAAUGCGGGCAGUGCAGUCCUGUUUGAGACAGUGCUGACCAUCAUGGACAUCCGCUCUGCACCUGGCCUUCGGGUUCUAGCCAUCAACAUUCUUGGCCGCUUCCUGCUCAACAAUGACAAGAACAUUAGGUAUGUAGCCCUGACGUCAUUGCUGCGUAUGGUGCAGUCUGAUCACAGCGCUGUGCAGCGGCACCGGCCCACUGUGGUCGAAUGUCUGCGGGAACCUGAUGCCUCCCUCAGCCGGCGGGCCUUGGAACUGAGCCUGGCUCUGGUGAAUAGCUCCAACGUGCGAGCCAUGACACAAGAGCUGCAGAGCUUUCUGGAAUCCUGCCCCCCAGAUCUACGGGCCGACUGUGCCUCAGGCAUCCUGCUGGCAGCAGAGAGGUUUGCCCCAACCAAGCGAUGGCACAUAGAUACCAUCCUGCGCGUGCUGACAACGGCAGGCAUCUAUGUACGGGAUGAUGCAGUGGCCAACCUGACCCAGCUGAUUGGGGGGGCCCAGGAGCUACAUGCCUAUUCUGUGCGCCGCCUGUACAGCGCCCUGGCAGAGGACAUCUCCCAACAACCACUGGUGCAAGUGGCAGCCUGGUGCAUUGGAGAAUACGGGGACCUCCUGCUGGAAGGGAGCUGUGAGGAAACAGAGCCCCUUCAGGUGGAGGAAGAGGAGGUGUUGGCACUGCUGGAAAAGGUGCUGCAGUCCCACAUGUCCCAGCCAGCCACCCGAGGAUAUGCCCUGACAGCCCUCAUGAAGCUCAGCACCCGGCUCCGUGGAGACAGCAACCGCAUCCGCCAGGUGGUGUCCAUCUACGGGAGCUGCCUGGACGUGGAGCUGCAGCAGCGGGCUGUGGAGUACAACACGCUCUUCCAGAAGUAUGACCACAUGAGGGCCGCCAUCCUGGAAAAGAUGCCUCUUGUGGAGAGAGGCGGGUCUCAGGUUGAUGGGGAAGCAAAGGAAAGCAAAGAAGCCCAGCUUUCGGAAACAGCCCUUGUGUCCACAGAGCCCCAGGCCUCCAAGCUCUUGGAUCUGUUAGAUCUCCUGGAUGGCACUUCUGGGGAUGCCCAGCCCCCACCCCCUCUGGAUCCCUCCCCAGGAGGCGCUUUAGUACACCUCCUCGACCUUCCCGGUGCACCUCCACCCCCACCUUCCAUCCCAAAUCUCAGAGUGUUUGAGCGGGAAGGACUACAGCUGCAUCUGUCUUUUGUUCGACCCUCUGGAACUCCUGCUUUGCUCUUAAUCAUGGUCACUGCUACCAACACCUCAGGAGCUGAUGUCACCCACUUCAUCUGCCAGGCUGCUGUGCCCAAGAGUUUCCAGCUGCAGCUACAGGCCCCCAGUGGGGACGCACUUCCAGCUCAAGGUGGCCUUCCAGUGACCCAGCUCCUCAGAAUCCUCAAUCCUAACAAGGCCCCCUUGAGGCUAAAGCUGCGCCUCACCUACAACCACUUUGGCCAGUCGGUGCAGGAGAUCUUUGAGGUGAACAACUUGCCUGUGGAGACAUGGCAGUAACUCAGCCUCUACUCACGGUCUGAAAUCCUCCUGUGUCCUGAACCCCCCCUAGGGUCCCAGCCACUUGGAGCCUGGUGAUUGGCUACCAGCAGGUGGUGCUCUGGGCCUGUGCUUGCCCCUGCAAAAACUGUGGGGGCCUGCCUUCCCAAUAAUGAAAGCCCAAUAAAGCCUGAGGGGCAAAAGCCAUAUUUGGGUAUAUUUGAGAUAGAAAGUGUUUAUGAAUCAUAGAAGGGAAGAGUUUUCUUAUCCAGAAACUAAAGUAUGUAUCUUCCUUUGAGC